GACGGAUUCAAUUUUUGGAUUUUCCGACGCCUUUUCCGAUGCUUGUAGCUGUGUUUCUCUUCCCUAACUUUUCUUGUUAGCAUAUUACUGGUCGCUUUAACCGAAAGGGGCAAAAAAUUCUUUCCUUUGAAUAGCUUUUGAACAAACUCCGACUCAGUUCUUAAUCUUUUUCUAUGAUUUUAGAGUUAUUUUUUUUCCGAUUAAAGGUUUUAAACUUCAUGAAGCAAGCGGAAACCCUUGUGCUCUUGCAGUAAGAAUUGUGAGAUGAUAAAUAAGGUUAAAAAUAAUAAAUUAGCGAGAAAUAGAAGGAACACGGUGAGCUGGCCUUCUUAAUGUUAUCUGCUUAGGGUUGCUUCUGAAGCAUUCUUUCUCUAGGCAGGUGCGCGAACAGUUAUCUACGCAGGUAUGCUUCUACCAUAUACUUCCAGACUGGAAAUCUUUAAUUGAUUGUCCAAGUCAAUAACACCUCAUGCCCCCACGCAAUUUAAAUGUAGUUCAACUACCUCUGGUCCAUUUCUUCUACAGUGUCUGUGGAAGUCUUCCAAACACCCACACCUUCUUAAUUUUCUUCUUUCCUAACUCGUCUUCCUGCAGGCAUCAAUGGCAAACCUGCAUUGAUGCAUAAACUAUUAGGGAUUCUUGUUCAUGAUAGUCUACCAUACUAUUUAUUCUUGUUUCGGAGAUUUAAUGAUAAAGUUUGAUUUGAGGUUUUCAAUGAUGGAAAGUUGUUUUUCACCUGAACUGGACCAUAAUUAUAGAGAAAUCGAUUACAAGCGGCAAUAGGCAACUUAGUGGGUGAUGGAUCGGAGAAGUUGGCCCUGGAAGAAGAAGUCAUCUGAAAAGGAUGUCAGCAACAUCACUAACUAUGUACAAAUAUCUGCUGAGACAUAUGCAAGCCUUAUUGAUCUGGAAGAUCAAGUGAAGAUCUUAAAUGAAAAAUUAUCUGCAGCAGAAAAUGAGAUAACAACUAAAGAUAAUCUAGUCAAGCAACACGUUAAAGUUUCUGAAGAAGCCAUUUUAGGUUGGGAAAAGGCCGAAGCUGAAUCAUCUGCACUGAAGAAUCAACUUGAAUCUGUCACGCUGUUGAAGCUUACAGCUGAAGAGCGUGCAUCUCAUCUUGAUGGUGCCCUAAAAGAGUGCAUGAAGCAGAUAAGGAAUGUGAAGGAAGAAAGCGAACAAAAACUACAUGAUGUUGUCUUUGCCAAAACCAAGCAAUGGGAAAAGGUCAAAGCUGGGCUCGAAGAAAAGCUUACUGAUUUUGAGCAGGAACUACUUAGAGCUUCUGCUGAAAAUGAUGCACUUUCAAGAUCUCUUCAAGAGCGUUCAGAUAUCCUUAUGGAAGUUAACAAUCAGAAAAUGGAAGCUGACACUGAAAUUGAAUUGUUAAAAAUCAAUAUUCAAUCUUGUGAAAAGGAAAUUCGUUCGCUGAAAUAUGAGCUGCAUGUUAUUUCAAAGGAGCUUGAAAUUCGGAAUGAAGAAAAAAGUAUGAGCAUAAAGUCUGCUGAUGUAACCAACAAGCAACAUUUGGAGGAUGUCAAGAAAAUAUCUAAGUUGGAAGCAGAAUGCCAAAGGUUACGAUGUCUUGUUAGGAAAAAACUUCCUGGGCCUGCUGCGUUGGCACAAAUGAAGCUAGAGGUGGAGAAUUUAGGCCGUGACAAUGCUGAGAGUAAGCUGAGACGGUCACCUUCUAGGAAUCCUAGCCUGCAUCUCAUGCCAACUGCUGCUGAUUAUGCUUCUGAUAGCAUCCACUCACUGAAAAAGGAAAAUGAAUUUCUUACUGCCCGUUUAUAUGCAAUUGAGGAAGAAACAAAAAUGCUAACAGAGGCUUUGUCAGAACGGAACGGUGAGUUACAGAUUACAAGAAGUAUGUUUGCUAAAACAGCAAGCAGGCUUCAGAGUGUGGAAGCGCAGUUUCGGUCUUUCAGCCAACAUAAGAUCUCACCAAAACCAAGCAUUGACAUCUCUUUCGAUUCUACCUUAAGACAAUAUGAAAGCAACCCCCGAAGCUUCACCUCCACGUCUGAAGAUGGAACUGAUGUGGAUACAACUUAUUCUGAAUCUUUGGCAACAACAUUAUUGCCAGAUCAAUCACAAUUCAGUUCGGAAAAAGAGACUAAUCUGGAACUUAUGGAUGAUUUUCUAGAGAUGGAGAAAUUAGCUUGUUUGACAUCUCGGCCCAAGGACAUGAGGGCCACAGCUAGUUCCCAUGAGUUUGAUAUAGUGGAAACUCAAAAUGCUGAUGUUGGUACAUUAGAUGUCCAGAAUGAUAAUACCAAAACAGAACUGCUGAUGUCAGGAAAAAGAGAAAAUGGUCAUUUUCCUGAUAAUGAAGGAGAACUUGAAAGGAAUGAGCUUGGUUCUCCCUUGGUAAAGCUGCAGUCAAGAAUUGUUUCUAUUUUUGAGUCUCUGCCUCAAGACAUUGACGCUGCUAAAGUCCUUGAUGAUAUAAGAAACAUUAUACAGGACACACAGGAAAAAUUGCUUGGGCACUCUGUUAGCUGUGUCAUCAAAGAAAGCAAUAUAGUAGAUGCUUCUUGUGAUAAACAAUCAAGCAAUACCGACAUGGAUGAGCUUAUUAAUAUCCGCAUUUAUUCUGAAAAGGAGAACGAUUCAUUCCCUGAUGAUAAACAUUUCUUAAAUCAGGAAGUUAAGAAUGCAAUAUCUGAGAUUCAAAAUUUUGUAUUAUUUCUUGGUAAAGAGGCUGCAGAACCACAGUAUAGGUCAUCUGAUGUUCAAGGACUAAGUGAAAAAAUCCAACAAUUCUCUCAUUAUGUCAAGAAAAUUGUCUGCAAUGAAGAAAGCUUGAGUGGUCUUAUAGGUGUUUUAUCAGAGGUUUUAUCUGAAGCCAGUAAAUUGGGUUUAAGAAUUAUAUUUGGUAUGAGGUCUGAAUGGGAAGGCAAUAGUUCAGAUUGUAUAGACAAGGUAACAUUACUAGAGAAUGGAGUGACACAGCAAGAACUGACAGAUGAGAAUGUUUCAGGCAGUUUUAAUGCUUUAACUCAAUCUUCCUCUCAUCCAGAGAUUGAAGGGCCUAAUGGUGAAAACUGUGAAGAAAGAAACAUGAUGACUCAGCUAUCCUUGGAGGAAGUUCAACAGAUGAGGAUAGAAAAAGAAAAAUUGCAAGUUGAACUUUCUACUUACACUGAAUUAUUGGAGGCGACAAAAACUCGACUCAUUGGAACUGAACAAAGGCUGGAAGUGCUUAAAUCUGAAUUGGCUGCAAGCCAAAAAUCAAACAGUUUGUCUGAAACUCAAUUAAAGUGUAUGACUGUGUCAUAUAAUUUGCUGGAAUCACGCACUAAUGAAUUGGAAGCUGAAGUGGAUCAACUACAUAUAGAAGUCAAAACUUUGAACAAUGAGCUUCAGGUAGAAAGGGAACUUCAUCAGGAUGAUUUAGCUAAAUUGAAAGAACUUCAAGAGAAAACUGAGAGGACUGAGCAAAGCACAAGAAUCUCAGAUUCUGAUGCUGAUACUAUCAAAAAUCAGGAGAAAGACAUAGCAGCGGCAACAGAGAAGCUGGUCGAGUGCCAAGAAACCAUACUUCUUCUGGGGAGGCAAUUGCAAGCACUGCGACCGCCAACAGAGAAAUUGGAGCCUUGUCCAAAUACUAUACAUCAAAUGAAUGAUCAAGAUGCAGACGUCCCUGUUGCCUUAAACAAAACAACACAAUCAGUGCCUGAGGCAGAAAGUACACCAGUAACAGUCAAUGAACUUCUCUUGGAUGGACCUUGCUCUCCUAUUAACCAAUCAGAUGCCGAAGCAAGUCAUCUUCUGAAAUCACCAUUGAACUCUAAGCUCCAAAAGCAUAGGUCUCCUGGAUCCUCUUCUCCAAAUGCUUUUCCUGAGAAGCAUGGGCGUGGAUUUAGCCGGUUUUUCUCCAAAGGGAAAGGUGACAAUUAGUUUACAGUCCAUCCACUAGGAAGAUAAAUAUUUUCCAGAUGAAGAAUAAAUGGAUUCACAGUGGUUGAUCCAAUACCAGUUAUUCCUCUCAAAGUUCAGCUUUCCACAUCCUCAGUGAAGAAAUGCAGAUGAUGUCUCAAUUGUGGUUUUUCUUUCCAUGCACAUUUCUGUAAGUGAUGAGAUUGGAAGUCAGUUUCUCAAGGAACAAAAAUCAAAUCAGAAAAAUUGUGAUUUACAAACUUGCAUUUAAACUGCUGUUCUUGAGUAUCUUAUGUUGGCUAAUGAAGUCUGCGGUUCAGUUCA